GUGCAGGCAAGCCUGAGCUACGUGGCUGGAAAUCAGGAGUGACUUCACUGUACUCCAUUAAGUAUAAUGCUCCUGACGGUGUGGGACGCGGCGGGUCAAGGCUGACGGCGGCGCCGGCGGGACGGAGGCGGGCCGGCCGGGCGGAGGCGUGCCCGGGCGCUAGGACCUAGUGGGACGCGAGGCGGCUCCUCGGACCAGGCUAUAAAUUCGCCGUGACUCAGUCCGCUCGGCAGGGAACGCAGCGGGAACCAGCCAGAAAGCCAAGAUGGAGUACGAGUGGAAGCCCGACGAGCAGGGGCUCCAGCAAAUCCUGCAGCUGCUGAAGGAGUCCCAGUCCCCGGACACCACUACGCAGAGGGCCGUGCAACAAAAACUAGAGCAACUUAAUCAGUAUCCAGACUUCAACAGCUACCUGAUUUUUGUUCUUACGAAGUUAAAAUCUGAAGAUGAACCAACACGUUCCUUGAGUGGUCUCAUAUUGAAGAAUAAUGUAAAAGCACAUUUUCACAACUUUCCCAGUGAGGUGACUGACUUCAUUAAAAGUGAAUGUCUGAACAAUAUCGGUGAUUCCUCCCCCUUAAUUAGAGCUACUGUAGGCAUUCUUAUAACAACCAUUGCCUCAAAAGGGGAAUUACAGAAUUGGCCUGAGCUCUUACCAAAGCUUUGCAGCCUGUUGGAUUCUGAAGAUUACAAUACCUGUGAGGGUGCAUUUGGUGCUCUUCAGAAGAUAUGUGAAGAUUCUGCUGAAAUUUUAGAUAGUGAUAUAUUGGAUCGACCGCUCAAUAUCAUGAUACCUAAAUUCUUGCAGUUCUUCAAGCACAGCAGCCCAAAAAUAAGGUCUCAUGCUGUUGCAUGUGUCAAUCAAUUUAUCAUCAGCAGAACUCAAGCUCUUAUGUUGCACAUAGAUCCUUUUAUUGAGAAUCUUUUUGCACUGGCUGGUGAUGAGGAGCCUGAAGUACGUAAAAAUGUUUGCCGUGCUCUGGUAAUGUUGCUGGAAGUUCGAAUGGAUCGCCUGCUCCCUCAUAUGAUUAGUAUAGUUGAGUACAUGCUUGAAAGGACCCAGGACCAAGAUGAAAAUGUGGCUUUGGAGGCUUGUGAGUUUUGGCUGACUUUGGCUGAACAGCCAAUUUGUAAAGAUGUGUUAUGUCGGCAUCUUACUAAACUGAUACCUGUGCUGGUAAAUGGUAUGAAAUAUUCAGAGAUUGAUAUUAUUCUGUUGAAGGGGGAUGUUGAAGAAGAUGAAGCUAUUCCAGAUAGUGAACAGGACAUAAGACCUCGUUUUCAUCGUUCUCGGACAGUGGCUCAGCAACAUGAAGAAGAUGGUAUUGAAGAUGAUGAUGAUGAUGAUGAUGAACUUGAUGAUGAUGAUACUAUUUCUGACUGGAAUUUAAGGAAAUGUUCUGCUGCUGCUCUAGAUGUUCUAGCCAAUGUAUUUCGUGAUGAACUUCUGCCACACAUCUUACCCCUUUUGAAGGAACUGCUCUUCCAUCCCGAAUGGGUAGUUAAAGAAUCUGGUAUCCUUGUUCUUGGAGCAAUUGCUGAAGGCUGCAUGCAGGGUAUGAUACCAUAUCUUCCCGAGCUGAUCCCUCACCUUAUUCAGUGCCUCUCUGACAAAAAGGCUCUUGUGCGUUCCAUUACAUGCUGGACUCUUAGUCGCUAUGCACACUGGGUAGUUAGCCAACCCCCAGACACAUACUUGAAGCCAUUAAUGACAGAGUUGCUAAAGCGUAUCCUGGAUAGCAACAAGAGAGUACAAGAAGCUGCCUGCAGUGCCUUUGCUACUCUAGAAGAGGAGGCUUGUACAGAGCUUGUUCCUUAUCUUGCGUAUAUACUUGACACUUUGGUCUUCGCAUUUAGUAAAUACCAGCAUAAAAACCUGCUCAUUCUUUAUGACGCUAUAGGAACUCUGGCAGAUUCUGUAGGACAUCAUCUAAAUAAACCAGAAUACAUUCAGAUGCUAAUGCCUCCAUUAAUCCAGAAGUGGAACAUGUUGAAGGAUGAAGAUAAAGAUCUCUUCCCUUUAUUAGAGUGCCUGUCGUCAGUUGCUACUGCCUUGCAAUCUGGCUUUCUUCCAUACUGUGAACCUGUGUACCAGCGUUGUGUAAAUCUGGUGCAGAAGACCCUUGCACAAGCCAUGUUGCAUAAUGUUCAUCCAGACCAACAUGAGGCUCCGGAUAAAGAUUUCAUGAUUGUGGCUCUUGAUUUACUCAGUGGUUUAGCUGAAGGACUUGGAGGCAACAUUGAACAGCUAGUGGCUCGCAGCAAUAUCCUGGAACUAAUGUACCAGUGCAUGCAGGAUAAAAUGCCUGAAGUACGGCAGAGUUCUUUUGCAUUGUUAGGUGAUCUGACAAAGGCGUGUUUUCAGCAUGUUAAGCCUUGCAUUGCUGAAUUAAUGCCCAUUUUGGGAACCAACCUAAACCCAGAAUUCAUUUCUGUGUGCAACAAUGCCACUUGGGCAAUUGGAGAAAUCUCCAUUCAGAUGGGUAUAGAGAUGCAGCCUUAUAUUCCAAUGGUGUUGCACCAGCUUGUAGAAAUAAUUAACAGACCCAACACACCAAAGACGUUGUUAGAGAAUACAGCAAUAACAAUUGGUCGUCUUGGUUACGUUUGUCCUCAAGAGGUGGCCCCCAUGCUACAGCAGUUUAUAAGACCCUGGUGCACCUCUCUGCGAAACAUAAGAGACAAUGAGGAAAAGGAUUCAGCGUUCCGCGGGAUAUGUACCAUGAUCUCGGUCAACCCCAGUGGAGUAGUCCAAGACUUUAUUUUUUUUUGUGAUGCUGUUGCUUCGUGGAUUAGCCCAAAAGAUGAUCUCCGAGACAUGUUCUGUAAGAUUCUUCAUGGAUUUAAAAAUCAAGUUGGGGAUGAGAAUUGGAGGCGUUUCUCUGACCAGUUUCCUCUUCCCUUAAAAGAGCGCCUUGCAGCUUACUAUGGAGUUUAACCUCAUGUACUGUAGCUGCAGUCCCAUAAUUAGAGGUCCUUCAGUCUGGGAGACUAUGAGGGAGCCUCUGCACCCAGGGAAAAUGUUACCCUUUACUGGGGGGAAGGGUAAACCAGUAGGGAAUACAGUACAAUCCCAACCCUACUGGGAGGGGCGGGAGGGAGGUGUUGCCGUCACUGUAUUAAGUCGAUGUUGGGAAAUGUUUUAACAUCUGGAGCCUUUGUGGGUGGAAAUAUGUCUCCUAUUACAACUCUGCACUGGAUGUGAAGAAGAAAAAAAAAAAAAAAAUCUAGUCACAAAACAGCACAUUCUGGAAUAUUGUGGGGAAUUGUACCAAAAUAAGAACCAUAUAAUUGAACUGUGGGAAUACGUAAAGAGGAAAACUAUUUUGCGCACAAUAAAGAAAACCUAAGAAUGGGAGUCACAAACAGUAAAAGGCGUUCUGUUUUCGUUUGUUUUUUUUAAGUAAGGGUUUUCUACAUUAUUUCAUCUUGCUUGAUGGGAUUCUUAGGUAUCUGCAUGUUAAUGAAGAACUACACAAAUGAAGUUAGUACAGUUAAAAUGGAGCUUGUGUGUAUUAGGAGCAGGCACUUGCAGUGUACAAUAUAGAAACCCCAUCAUAAAUCAAUAAAGGUUAACCUGGACAAAAUGAAGCAACCUGCAAGCUGCCAAAUGAGUCACUCCUUUCAUUUUGGGGAUAAGGGGAGGGACAUUUCAAAGGAAAGAUUGACAUCUUAAUUUUUACAUUAAAAAAAGAAUUAAAGUAGUAGAUAUUAUUUUAAUUAUUGUACUUCAUUAGAUUUAAUUUCUAGAGUAAGGCAUUAUUCUUAACGUGCAGUUUAAGGUUCAGGCAUGCGUUCUGGCUCAUAGUGAUCAGAAGUAAUUUAAAUUAGUGGGAAAGUAGCAUGCUUGCAUCACAUAGAGUGAAAUUGGUAUACAUUUACCUAUGUUGCGCCAGUUUUGUGUUGCAGUUUACCAAUUCAAUAUAACCCUGCAUUUAAAAUUCCUUUUCUAAGAUUCUGUGGAUUUUCUUUUUAUUAAGACUAUAGAUAUCAAGUACUGUAGUUAAUAAUUAGGCCUUGAAAUACCUUUUUAGGAUCUGUUAAGAAUAAGAUUGAUAUUGUAUUGUGUGUAACCUGCACAAUGUGGAAAGCUGAUAUAGCUGUGCAAAAUAUUUGCCUCUGUGCUGUCAGUGUGAUGUGCUUUCUGCAUGGUUAUAUACUAGUGAUUUUAUCAGAACCUCUAAAAAUGAGUUACAUGGUAAGACCCGUUAAAGGCUGCAUAAAUGUUAGUUGGCACAUAAAAGACAAUUGUAGAAGUUGAUGACAUGAUUGCUAUAUUUGUGUUUAUUCCCACUCAACAUAUUACCUACUACGCUUUCUUUUUGUUCAAAGCAUGAUCUUAAAGAGAUGUUUAAGUUAAUGGAUGUAAUGCAGGGUAUCUACACUGUAUCGGCGCAUGUUGGUGGCCCUUUGAUGUAGUUAAAUGCACAAGGGUGCAAGUUUAAAGCUACAGAGUGAAAGUUGGUUUGGAUCCUCUUCAUUUCAUUUGUUUAGCUUUUCUGUUUUGUUUUUUUCCUCUACUUACAUGUAUUCCUGUGAAUAAAUCCUUGUUAAGUUAACCCUUUA